AGAGAGAGUGUGAAAGACAUUGAACCCUUGACGUCUUGUACAACGGAGCAACAAACAAAACGGACUCAACUCAACUCAAAGUUAUAUUUGUUGAAUUACCGGACGCCUUUUUAUCGCUCGAGGACAUUGUCUCGCGGUGAAGUUGGAGGAUAAAAGGAGUUGAACAUCUGCUCCCUCUUGACUUCCUGACCCUCCCCCGUCUUUCCUCCCCUUUGACUCCACCUUUUCUGUGAUGUCAUCUCAGGCCACGCCCAUCCAGGGGUCACGACCAGUGACCCCUCCGCUUGCCUCUGCAGGAUCCCCACGUUCUCGUGUGCCACCAGAGUCUCUGCAUCUUCCCACCUGCAGACACAGAGACCGCUCACCUUCCCCCAUGAGAGGCUACCUCAUCCCCAGCCCUCUGCCCACACGCAGAAACAGGACCUGCUCAGCGACGGCUCGUGCAGCAGAGGGUCCCAUGUUUUCUGGUGUGUGUAAAUGUUUUUCCCGCUCUAAAGGCCACGGCUUCAUCACGCCAUCAGACGGGGGCAACGACGUCUUCGUCCACAUCUCAGACAUCGAGGGCGAGUACGUGCCGGUGGAAGGUGACGAGGUGAGCUAUAAAAUCUGCUCCAUCCCUCCCAAACACGAGAAGAUCCAGGCGGUGGAGGUGACCAUCACCCACCUGAAGCCUGGAACCAAACACGAGACCUGGUCAGGACACGUCAUCAGCAGCUGAGCACCGUCCAACAUGGAGGAGGAGAGAUGGAGGAGAGAUGGAGGAGAGAUGGAGGAGAG